AUGGACGUGAACAUGCGCGAUGAGCUCGCUGUGGGAAAAGACGCAUACCAGCAAACGAUGCAAACGUAUGCGGGCAAGAUGUUGCCUCCCCGUUCACCCGCAGUCACACAAGUCCAACGCGUUGUAUCCCGCAUUGCGGCCGCAGCCGCCGAGCUGGACAAGAACCGCGCGCCGGAUGCGCCGCCCACGAAAUGGACAGUACAUGUGAUCCGCGACCCGCAAAAAAAUGCGUUUGUCCUUCCAGGUGGCAACAUUUUUGUAUUUACAGGAAUAUUGCCGGUGUGCAAGAAUGACGAUGGGCUAGCCACCGUGCUUUCGCACGAAAUUUCACACCAGCUGGCUCGACAUUCCGCAGAAAAAAUGUCGGGCUACAAGGUCCUCAUGAUCGGUACAUUUUUGCUGGAUAUACUGGGCAUUGACAUUGGACUCAGUCAAAUUGGGCUAAAUCUUUUGCUCACGUUACCAAAUUCGCGGACCAUGGAGACGGAAGCGGAUACGCUGGGCCUGCGCAUUAUGGCCCAGGCAUGCUUCAAUCCUAGAGAGGCGAUUGAGUACGUUGCCUUUGCAAAGCACACUGACCAGCAGUUUCUGGAAACGCAUGGAUUCCGAAGAGGGCGAGCAUGA